AUGCAAUUAAUUUUAAAGGGUGGAACUACCGUCAUUAUUCCCAAGCUCGAUACCGAUAUAAAAAAAAUUUGUGUUUGUAUUCAAAACUAUAAGAUUAGUUACGCUCAUGUCAUUCCGCAAACCAUACUUAAAUUUGCUGCGAAUCCUAUUGUUAAAAACUAUAUCCCGAGUUUAAUAAAGUUUUUCGGUGGUGCAGCUUCACUAAGCAAAGAGUUGAUCGAACUUGAAGAAAUUUUGCUUAAUCAUCCAGCGGUAGCCGAUGUAGCAGUUAUAGGACAUUAUUCAGAACAAAAUUUAACAAAACAUUCAGCUGUUUACAUUGGGGGGGGGGUCUAUUUUAUUAAUCAAAUACCAAAAACUCCAUCAGGAAAAAUUUUGAGAAGAAUUUUGAGAAAAAAGAUAGAGAAAGGUCCAGAAGUUAAAAAGGUUAUUUUAGAUCAUAAAAAUAUUUCUUCUGGAACGUCUACUAGCGAAACCGAGCGACUGCCCGCAUUGUUUGAAAAGAAGAAAGAUGCCAUUGAUCUAAAAUUGGACCCACAAGAGGUGUACGUGUACGAGAUAGGACCCGAUUUUAACCAAGAUCAUUUAGUAGCACUCAAAACUUGUUGGGUUGCUGAACAUCCGAAUAGAACUGAAGUUUUUUUUAUCACCGAUAAUGUUAAAGAGUUGAACAAAUAUAUGGAAUACCUAGUGUCUUCAGUCGGACUAGAAAAAAUUUUGAUUACUCAUCCCACGGUAGCCAAUGCAGAGGUUAUAGAACAAAAUUUAACAGAACGUCCAACUGCUUACAUUGUAAGAGAAAUUUUAAGAAUUUUUACAGAAAUAACAGAGAAAGGUCUAGAGUAUAUCAUGAUUGAAAUAUUUUAUGAUUAUUUGACAAUCGGGGAAAGAUUAGGACGUGGAGCUUUUGGAACAGUGUACCAGGCAAACUCUCGCUCGUUAGGUGACGUGGCCAUGAAGGAAAUAGAUUCAAAAAUGGAUGAAAAGUCUCAAAAGGGUUUUAGAAAUGAG